AUGAUCAUCUACCGUGCCGCUAACUACCCCGCAGGACAUUGUUUCCGUGACGAGCUUCUCUCGGAAAUGUUCAAGAUCAACCCAGCCAAGGAUUGUCCCAUUCUAUGGGAGGUGGAAUGCAAGAAGUACGUCAAGAAGGCCAACGAGGAGUUGCCGCUCAAUGGUGAUGAGGAAGACGGCGAGGGCGAAGCCGUUAUGGUCUACGACAUCGAGGACCAGUCCGGUCUCAACCAGUUGAGCAAGCCUUCCAAGGAGGAUUUCAAGGGCCACUUGAAGAAGUGUGCCAGGAAUGUCAUGAGUAAUCUGCUCGCAGGUGGUGCCACUUCCGACACACUUGAUAAAUUCAAGAGUGGUGCUUCUGCCGCGAUGGAGAAGAUCAGCGCCAACUACGACAACUCCGAGGUCUUUAUGGGCCGGGAUAUGAACGAUGCUGCGAUGCACGUUUUAAUCACCUUGCGCGAGGAUGGUGUCACCCCCUUUGCUACCCUCUGGAAACACGGUCUUAAAGGGAUCGCGAUCUAA